UCCCCCUCCUCUUGACGAUCCCUCAGUCACGGAAUGGCCCCAUACUUCUUACGAAACCUUGUGCCAAAACGGGAGACGAGGGCAGAGGGUAGACCGCUGCUCGAAGCUCUGGGUACAAUCACUUGGGUGCAGUGGGCACAGUUCUGGUCGGGGUGGCUGGCAUGGUCCUGCGAUGCUAUCGACUUCUUCUCCGUAUCACUCAGCGUAUCGCGACUCGCGGCGCAGUUCGAUAGGGACACCUCACAUAUCACGACGGCCAUAACUCUCACUCUUCUCUUCCGUUCUGUUGGUGCGGUCCUCUUCGGAGUUUUCUCAGACCGUUUCGGACGCAAAUGGCCAUUGGUUUUCAACCUGCUCAUGAUCUCCGUCCUCGAACUCGGCUCUGGCUUCGUCAACACCUUCCGUGCCUUCCUCGCCGUUCGCUCCCUCUUCGGUAUCGCCAUGGGCGGGAUCUGGGGCCUUGCGGCAUCCACCGCUCUGGAGAACCUCCCUGUCGAAACGCGUGGUCUCGCCUCCGGUGUCCUUCAGCAGGGUUACGCCGUCGGCUACCUCCUCGCCGCCGUUAUCAGUCUGACGUUGGUACCGGAGACAACGACGACGUGGAGGAGUCUUUUCUGGUGUGCCAGUGGGAUCAGCGCGUUUGCUGCGUUCAUCAGGGCGCUCGUACCCGAGAGUGAGAUCUUCUUGAAGGCGAGGGAGAUUGAGAGGAAGAGAGGAGCGACGACUGGGAAGAAGACGAAGGUGUUCAUUCAUGAGACCGGGCAGAUGUUGAAGAAGCAUUGGCUGCUUUGCAUUUACGCCGUUUUGCUCAUGACCGGCUUCAACUUCUUGUCGCAUGGAUCGCAGGACCUCUACCCCACCUACCUCGAGAAAUCAAAGGGCUUCUCAGACCACUCUGCCACUGUCGCUACCAUCAUCGGUAACUGUGGUGCUAUCGCUGGUGGUGCAGUCGCAGGAUACCUUUCUCAAUACCUCGGUCGCCGACUGACCAUCAUCGGCUUCACCCUCCUCAUCGGCGCCUUCAUUCCUCUCUGGAUCAUCCCAAGCAGCUUCUCCGGCCUCGCCGCUGGCGCGUUCUGUAUCCAAUUCGGUGUACAGGGAGCAUGGGGUGUCAUUCCCAUCCAGCUUGCCGAGAUGAGCCCUCCUGGGUUCAGGGCGACGUUCCCUGGUGUGGCAUAUCAGCUUGGGAACAUGGUCUCGUCUGCCUCGGCACAAAUCGAAGCCACGGGGGGAAACAACCUCAAGACGACUAUCACCCAGAACGGUGUGACUACUGUCGUGCCGGAUUAUGCCAAGGUGCAGGGCAUCCUCAUCGGUGUCGUCGCCGCAUUCGUCGUCUUCAUCACCAUCAUUGGCCCAGAAAACCACGGCGCGCAUUUCGAGAAACACAAAACCGCAUUCGAAGAAGGUGGCGGAGACGAUAACGCGAUCCUCGAGGAAGAAGACCUGGAAGCGAAGCCCGGUACCACUGGGGUCGGCGUGCAUGAGGUCGGGAGGGAAGGGAAAGAGAGGGAGUCGACGGGGAGCGUGAGGUCCGAAAAUAUCGCUGAGAAGGUUUGAGAUGGCGUGAGUGGUAGGGGGUAGGCUGUAGUGAUGAUUAUGUUGCGACGAUACGACCUAUGAGGUGGUGGACAAUACGAGCGUCGGUCGACGUGCGAAGUACGGCCGUGGUCGCAUUCCUUGUAUUUGUAACGAUUAAUGCCGCUUUCAAGUUAUUCUGCUUUUA